CAUGAUCACUCACCAGAGCGACUGGACUUCAGAACCGCGCCUUAUGUUGCUAGUGACGCUCGUAACUACUACUACUCGUCUAACGCCAGUCCGAGCUACACGAGAAAGUUUGACGAGAAUCAGUCGUGGGCGUCCGAGCCGCGACGUUUCGAGGUGUACAAGACCAGGGCUGAGCGAGACGCCGAGAGAAACGUUCACGCACCCAAUGGCGCUCCCUCCUACCGCCCGGCCUCGUACUACUCGACCGCAAGCGAUCGCCCACUGACCACUUUUGCCUAUAGAAAGCCAGAAGAUUCGUUCAAAGUUGACGCAUACCGCCCUGGAGAAACAUAUAGAAACCGAUUCGAGGACAAUUACCCUUACAAGAAAAUACCGUACGAGUACGAAAAAGGAGCAACUUCGGCAACGGAUUAUCACGUGCCUUCCUCAACUACCAUUUCUCAAGAGACAAGCGCCUCGAUUCCGAAUAGGUUCCGUCCAACAGCUCGGCGAUUCUUCAAGAGCGAGACCGAUAGGCCAUAUAUUCGCACUCGCUCGAUGGAUAGAAAACAAGGGUUUGGAGAAGACUUUGACUAUGCAGCGCAGCUCAGAAGUAGACACAUAACACCGGAACCGGUUGCUGAUUAUGCUUACGUGAACUAUCAAUGA